CUCCCAGAGACCACUUUGCGCAGCCGCGCAUCUUCCUCGCCGCCGCCGCCGCCGGCGGCAUGGCUCGCGCUCUCCAGGCCCUCCGUCGCCGCCGCCACCUCCACCAGAUCCUCCCGAGCCCCGCCCCGCUCUCCACCUCCACCUCGUCUCCGGACCCCCGCGAGCUGCCCCGCAUCGACCGCAUCCUAAACAGCCCUCCCGCCACCGCCGCCGGCCAACCCUCUCAGCUCCCACAACAUCCACGCGCGGCCGCUACCCCCACCAGCCUGCACCACCUCCUCCACCGCGCCGCCGGCCUGACCGCUGCGGAGUCCGCCUCCCUCCUCCGCGGCCUCCCGGGUGCCCACGCCCACCCCCGCCUGGGCCGCCUCCUCCAGGAGCUCGCCGGUCUCCGCCUCCCGGGUGGCGAAAUCAAGGCCGCCCUGGCGUCCGACCCGGAGGGGCUCCUCUCCAUGGACCCCGGCGAGCCGUCCCGCCUCCUUGAGCUCCUCCGCGACCUCCGGUGCCGGAAGGCAGUCAAGGAGCAGGUCCUCGCCCACGGCGCGCUCAGCGCCGCCGUCGCCGCCCGGCGGCGGGUGGAGCUCCUGCACGCGCGCGGGCUCACCCGCCACGACGCCCUGCGCGUGCUCGCCGCCGAGCCGCGCGCGAUGCUGUAUUCCCCGGAGGACGUGGAGAGGAAGGUGGAGUUCUUGGUGGACACGAUGGGGUUCGAGGUCGGGUGGCUGGUGCAGUACCCGGAGUUCCUGGGGGUGAACCUCGACAAGUGGAUCAUCCCGCGGCACAAUGUGGUGGAGCACUUGAAAUCCGUCGGCGGGCUCGGGGACCCUGUUGAGAUGAAGCACUAUGUGAGGCUGAGUCGCAGGAGGUUCUACAACAUGUUUGUCAAGCCGUACCCGGAAUGCGAGAGGAUUUUUGGGGGCCUGGUCAGGGAGAGGGAGGAAAUGGUGAAGCGGCGGCACCCGACGGGGCUCUGGAAGCUGUUUACACCGGCGAAGCAUGAGCGUACUCAGGAGGAGGUGACGAACAUGAAACUUCUUGUGGGGUCACUUCGUUAGGUAUGUUAUGAUCCUGGGAAUACCAAUUCGCUCGAAUGCGGAAUGCCACAUGCCUUGAGCUAACUAUGAUUGAGCCAAGAAGAGCUGGUUGAGAAAUUCAUGGUCAAGGGAACUUGUCAAGGAGACAAGACUACAGGUGGUAUUGUGAAAGGAUAGAGGUUUAAUUGAGAUGACUGUUUGCAGACAGAAAAUGACAGUUGUUGUGAAUGGACAUGAACGCAUUGGGUAUUCUCAAAUAUGUCCUAGUGACGCGUCCCACCACAGAUCAGAAGAUUAAAAUCCUUUCUUAGAGGUGUAAUUUUGGUUAUAGCGGCUCACCAUAGUAUGCUGAUCCGAGCAAAGCGGGUAACAAAUUCAGGAAAGCUGGCUGCUGAUGCAAUGAUUAUCUCAAGGUAUGAAUAAAUGGAUUGAGCAGCAGAAGCUCAUAACUUUUCUUUUUUGAAUUUAUGAUCAUCAGAACAUUAUGCUGAGAAGUUAAGUAUGCUAACUUGGUACCCAAAAGUUUUCUUCUGCAUGCAUUGGGGCCAUUUGUUAGUUCACAGACAUUUCACUGCUUUUGAUUUUUAUCAUUAUGUAUUUACCUUUCCUGUAUGUUCAGCAUUAGUUUGAGUUAUGGGCUUUGAGUACAUCUUUUUUGAAAAAAAAAAAUCUUCCAUUCACAUUCGUUCACCUUUAUGGGCAUUUUACAGGUGCAUUUUAACAUAACAGUUUAAGAGUUUGUUGUUUAGUCCACGUAAUGUUUUCACACAUCCAAACUCUUUAUGUAUUAGGUUAUUGUUUUCAUUGGAAAUUAGUUUUAUGGUAGCUAUUUCCAAUGAGGGAUGUAUACUUAGACAAUAUGUAUGAGAUUCAGAGCUUUUGAAUUGUACAAAUUGUGUGGUACAUGCCUCA